AUGUCACAGCCAGUGCAGAGAGCCGCCGCUCAAUCCUUGAUAUCCAAAUAUGUCAAUAAGGAAACGCUAAAAUACAUGCUUACAACGCACUUCUGGGGCCCCGUAUCGAACUUUGGUAUUCCGAUUGCUGCGAUUUAUGACUUGAAGAAGGACCCUGAGUUGAUUUCCGGCCCCAUGACGUUGGCGCUCGUGGUAUACUCAGGUAUUUUCAUGCGUUACUCGAUGGCCGUCACUCCCAAGAACUACCUCUUGUUUGGGUGCCACUUUAUAAACGAGUCCGCGCAACUCGGACAGGCGUUCCGCUGGCUCAAGUUCAAUUACUUCGGCGAGAAGCCUGCUGUCAAGGGCACCGAGAAGACCGCAUAA